GCAGUGUUUGAAGUAAUUGAAGGGGGGUGAAUGAUGAGAUCUCAUAGAAUCUGAUCAGCACUCACUCAGCAAUCAGAAAUCAACAAUCAGAAUCAGACAGAAAUAUUGUUAAUUCAGGUAAAGACGUAAGACUUAAAAGUAGUUGUUUGAAUCUCCCUCCUCUCUUCCUCUCUUCCUCUUUCAGGUAAGUCUUCAUCAUCUCCUUUACUCCUCAUCCUCUGCUGGCCCAUUGCACGUCUUCAUCACUCUCUCUCUCUCUCCUCUUCUCUUCAAAUUCUAACCCCACUUUUUCAACCUAAAAAUACGGAUUCUCAUUUCUCAAUCAUUCUAUAAAUUACCCAAUUUUCGCUUCCAAUUAUUGCCAUGCUCAAUCUUCAAUUCGUCUUUUCAAUCUUCUUCAUGGUUUUAAAUUCCAUCUUCACGGCUCUUCAGUGGGGAUUUUAGCCAUUCUUCAAAUUAUCUCUCUCCUAAACAAACAAACAUGGCAGCAAAAUUUGGAUCACUGAGGCAAAGUUUCAUCGAGAGGAGCAAGGAGAAAUUCCUCUCGCGAAAAGGCUACUCCGAAUUAGGGUUUUCGGCUUCCGAUGGUGAAACGGAGCUCAAUGAUGGGGUUAAAUGCGGCUGUUUUAGAUCAACUUGUAAUCGAGCUAAAGUUGGGUGUUAUAGAUGGAUUUGUGAUGGGAUUUUGGGGCUUUUUAAUGGGUUUAGAGAUUUUGGGGUUAAUUUAUAUGAAAUGGGAAGAUCAGACCCUCGGAAAGUCUUCUUUUCUGCCAAAAUGGGAUUAUGUUUAUCUCUCGUUUCUCUGCUUAUCUUCUUUACGGGGCCUCUUAAGGAUAUUAGCCAGUAUGCUAUUUGGGCUAUUUUAACAGUUGUCGUUUGUUUCGAAUAUAGUGUAGGAGCAUCUCUCAGUAAGGGUUUUAACCGUGCUAUUGGAACUCUGUCUGCUGGAGGACUGGCUCUAGGGAUAGCAGAAGUAGCAAUUCAUGCUGGAGAGUUCAAAGAACUGUUCAUUGUAGCAAUUCUUUUUAUUGGAGGAUUUUCUGUCUCAUAUGUCAAAUUAUACCCCAAGGUGAAACCUUACGAGUAUGGGUUCAGAGUAUUCUUAUUGACUUAUUGCGUAGUAUUGGUGACUGGAAAUAAAACAGCAAACUUUUUCCGGACAGCAUUUUAUCGGUUAUUGCUUAUUGCAAUUGGGGCUGCCGUUGCUUCAAUUGUCAACAUUUGUAUUUACCCUAUCUGGGCUGGUGAGGAUCUUCACAAGCUGGUUGUGAAAAAUUUCAAAGGUGUUGCUACUUCGUUGGAAGGCUGUGUUGAUGGAUACUUGCAAUGUGUAGCAUACGAGAAAAUCCCUUCAAAAAUAUUAACAUAUCAAGCUUAUGAUGAUCCCCUAUAUGGUGGCUAUAGAGCAGCUCUUCAGUCUACAAGCCAAGAAGAAUCUUUGUUGGACUUUGCGACAUGGGAGCCACCACAUGGCCCUUACAGAUCAUUUAAUUACCCUUGGCAAAACUAUGUUAAAGUUAGUGGCGCUCUGAGGCAUUGCGCUUUCAUGGUCAUGGCAAUGCAUGGAUGCAUUCUUUCAGAAAUACAGGCUUCAGCAGAGAAGAGACAGGUUUUCACAAAUGAACUUCGCAGGGUUGGUACUGCUGGGGCUAAAGUAUUACGUGAUAUUGGGAGCAAAGUUGAAAAAAUGGAGAAAUUAAGUGAAGGAGAUAUACUAGCAGAAGUUCAUACCGCAGCAGAGCAGCUGCAAACGAAGAUAGAUGAGAAGUCUUAUCUGCUGGUAAAUUUUGAAAAUUGGGAAGAAGGAAAACGGCCCAAGGAAUUUGAAGAUCCCGAACAUGUUGCCCAAAUGAAGGAUUGUGGAGGCAGUCAGCUUGUGAUAAAUUCCCUCAGUGUCCUUAGCAUUGAACCUGAGCAUAUGCAAUCUGCCAUGAGUUCAAGGAUUUCUAUGGCCGGUGCUGGACCUUCAAUGCAAGGGAUGUUUUCCACUGACAGCAUGGCUGGUAGGAGUCAAUGGCCUUCACGUCUUUCACUUUUUCCGGACUUCACCAUUAAUGAAAAGGAAGCACAAACAUAUGAAAGUGCAAGUUCCUUGUCAUUAGCAACUUUUGCUUCUCUUUUGGUGGAGUUUGUUGCAAGGCUUGGAAAUUUGGUGGAUGCGUUUGAGGAGCUCAGUGAGAAUGCACAUUUCAAAGACCCAACCGAAAUUCCUGCAGAGAAUCAGAGCACUGGUUUAUGGAAGAAGUUGAUUAUGUGCUUUUAGUUCAGAAAUUGAGGUCUGAAUUCAUUUAGUUGUGUAUUCCUGCUAAUCAACAGAGUUCCUUAUGAAGUUUGGCUAGUUAAAAUCCAAGUUUAUUUUGAUUCAGAGACUGAUACUCGGAACAACGGAAUAAAGGAGUGUCAACUUAGUUCUGGUGUUGUUAUCACUUCUGCCGUUGAACUUCUGCUCAUAACCAAAGAAGCAGGGAAUGAUUUUUCAUUUAGAUACAGAUGGUGUAGACCAUUCUUUGUGGGUAUUCAAGUCAUGUGAAAUUUAAUUUACAGGUGAAUAAAUAAAUGCGAAGCGGAUAAAAAAAUAAAGGAGUUCUAUUAUGUAGUAAUUGAUUAUGUUGUGCUUUAAGUUGUCUCUUCUAAUUUUUAGAGAAGGAUGCAGCCAGCGAGGACAAAGCUUUUCUCCUACUUAACUUGGCUCUUUAUAAUUUCUUUUUAUUUUCAUCUAUUGAUUUUUUGUAAGACAUGUUGGCUUGUAAUAAUUGUAUAUUCGGGUCAUUAGUCAUGGAGGAUUGUGAAAUCUCUAACACUUGGAGUCCACAAUUACCUCUAACCCAUAAAUAUAUAGUGUUCAUGUUUUGAUAUGAAUAUAUAAUGUUUUUGUUGAUAGUA